AGCUCGCCUUUUAGUACCCCUAAGCUUUCAGGUAGGUCAGGGGAUUUGUGAGCUGCAGCAUAAGGAGCGGGUAGCAGAGGUGCUGUAGCUGUGUCGACGUUGAUAUUGGUCUUGCACCAUGUCCAUCAUCAAGAUCCAUGCCAGGGAGAUCUUUGAUUCCCGUGGAAACCCCACAGUGGAAGUCGACCUCUAUACUGACAAAGGUUUGUUCCGAGCUGCAGUUCCAAGCGGAGCAUCCACUGGAAUCUAUGAAGCCUUGGAGCUCAGGGACAAUGACAAGUCUCGUUAUCUUGGCAAAGGAGUCUCUCAGGCUGUAGAACAUAUCAAUUCAAGCAUUGCACCUGCGCUUGUGGGUCAGGAUGUGUCUGUGGUUGAACAGGAGAAAAUUGACCAGAUAAUGAUUGAUUUGGACGGCACAGAGAACAAAUCUAAAUUUGGUGCGAAUGCUAUUCUGGGUGUGUCCCUGGCAGUCUGCAAAGCUGGUGCAGCAGAGAAAGGAGUCCCCCUGUACCGCCACAUCGCUGACCUGGCAGGAAACCCUGAAGUCAUCCUGCCAGUACCAGCGUUCAACGUGAUCAACGGCGGCUCUCACGCAGGGAAUAAGCUUGCCAUGCAGGAGUUCAUGAUACUGCCAAUUGGUGCCAGCACUUUUAAAGAAGCCAUGCGCAUUGGAGCUGAAGUCUAUCACAACCUCAAAAAUGUCAUCAAGAAGAAAUACGGACAGGAUGCCACUAAUGUGGGGGAUGAAGGGGGUUUUGCACCAAACAUUCUGGAAAAUAAGGAGGCUCUUGAGCUUCUGAACGAGGCCAUUGCCAAAGCGGGGUACACGGAGGAGGUUGUGAUCGGCAUGGAUGUGGCAGCAUCAGAGUUCUACAGGGAUGGAAAAUACGACCUGGACUUCAAGUCGCCUGAUGACUCAAGCCGCUACAUCACCCCCGACGAGCUGGCCGAUCUCUAUAAGAGUUUUAUAAAGGAUUAUCCAGUGGUGUCCAUUGAAGAUCCCUUUGACCAGGACGACUGGGCAGCAUGGACCAACUUCACUGAUACUACAGAUAUCCAGGUUGUUGGCGAUGAUCUAACAGUGACAAAUCCUAAUCGUAUCUCCAAGGCUGUGGAGGAAAAAGCCUGCAACUGUCUCCUGCUUAAGGUCAACCAGAUUGGCACCGUUACAGAGUCAAUGAAAGCGUGUAAGAUGGCUCAGGAGAGUGGCUGGGGUGUGAUGGUUAGCCAUCGCUCUGGUGAGACUGAGGACACCUUCAUUGCUGAUCUGGUUGUUGGGCUGUGCACUGGACAGAUCAAGACCGGGGCUCCCUGUCGAUCUGAACGACUGGCUAAAUACAACCAAAUUCUGAGAAUUGAAGAGGAGUUGGGAGAAAAGGCUCGAUUUGCUGGAAAAAACUUCAGGAAACCACUGAUGGAGUAAAUCUUUUGCAUAGUCUUCCAAACAUAAAAAAAAACAUAUCAGCUCCCUGACUGUAGCAAUAACAUUCUAGGGACAGAUCUAUGAAGAAAAUAUACUGAAGCUGGAAUUGUUGAUCCUCAUAUUCAGGUUCUUCUUUGGAGGUAGCAUGAAUUAUUAGAUCUGAUAACAGCAUUAAAAAAUUACUUUCAAAAGUGUUGCACUUGCAAUUUUAAUAAAAACAUUUUUGGUGAA